AUGGUAAGGAAAGAAAGUCCAGUCGGUGGUGACAGAGAUGAGAGUGUAAAGGAGAGCUCCUGUUCCCUGGCACUGCCUGAAGGGACCCCAGUCGACAGCCAUAAGCAACCUGUGAAGGGUGCUGCGGAGACUCCUUGCUCUACUGCCCAUGAAGAAAGUCCAGUCGGUGGUGACAAGAGUGAGAGUGUAAAGGAGAGCUCCUGUUCCCUGGCACUGCCUGAAGGGACCCCAGUCGACAGCCACAAGCAACCUGUGAAGGGUGCUGCGGAGACUCCUUGCUCUACUGCCCAUGAAGAAAGUCCAGUCGGUGGUGACAAGAGUGAGAGUGUAAAGGAGAGCUCCUGUUCCCUGGCACUGCCUGAAGGGACCCCAGUCGACAGCCACAAGCAACCUGUGAAGGGUGCUGCGGAGACUCCUUGCUCUACUGCCCAUGAAGAAAGUCCAGUCGGUGGUGACAAGAGUGAGAGUGUAAAGGAGAGCUCCUGUUCCCUGGCACUGCCUGAAGGGACCCCAGUCGACAGCCACAAGCAACCUGUGAAGGGUGCUGCGGAGACUCCUUGCUCUACUGCCCAUGAAGAAAGUCCAGUCGGUGGUGACAAGAGUGAGAGUGUAAAGGAGAGCUCCUGUUCCCUGGCACUGCCUGAAGGGACCCCAGUCGACAGCCACAAGCAACCUGUGAAGGGUGCUGCGGAGACUCCUUGCUCUACUGCCCAUGAAGAAAGUCCAGUCGGUGGUGACAAGAGUGAGAGUGUAAAGGAGAGCUCCUGUUCCCUGGCACUGCCUGGAAAAUGGUUAGAGGAAAGGUGUUUCUGUUCAACUUGUGUUAUUGCAGAAGGGACCCCAGUCGACAGCCACAAGCAACCUGUGAAGGGUGCUGCGGAGAUUCCAUGCCCUACUGUCAAUGAGUCAAGUCCAACCAGCAGUGACGAAAGUGACGGCGAAAAGGAGAGCGCUUGUUCCUCGGCCCCACCUACUUCUGCAGGCACUUCAUCCACCUUUGCGGCAAAGUCUCGCCGGCCAAAAGAAAUCAUCAAGCGGCUUCAAGGGAGGGUGUGCAAGUACAAGAAGACUAUUGAACGACUACGGAAACGGCAGGUGAAGACUCCCCGCACAACUGAAGAAGCGUUCGAUGUUGUCAAACCUUUUGUCACUGAUGAAAUGUUUCAGCUCUUAAAAAGUCACGUUCAGCUGAGAGGAAAAAGCAGGGGUAAACGUUUUACUCGGUGGAUGAAAAAAUUUGCUUUGCAGUUGCAUUUCUGUGGUGCAAGAGCGUAUCGCUUUUUGUCAUCGUUCCUAACACUGCCUAGUGAACGUUCCAUAAGGAGAUGGCUCUCAAAUGUAAGAAUGCUGCCGGGAAUAAUUCCAGGGAUAGUUCAAUCCAUUGGGUUGUCGACUAAGUCGUGGAGCAAGCGCGACAGAGUGUGCGCUUUAAUUUUUGAUGAGAUGAUGCAAAAAAAUUUGGCUUAUGAUGUGACCCAAGAUGUUGUGCAGGGCUUCACAGACAAUGGUGUUGAGCGAACUUCAACAAUCGCAGACCGGGCUAUGGUGGUCCUGCUUUCUGGAAUCUCUAAGAGAUGGGUUCAGCCAGUAGCUUACACAGUAGCCCACGCCUCUGCAUCAUUUUCACACUUGCACAACCUAUUAAUGUCACUGAUUAAGCAGUUGCAAGAAAUCGGAAUAUCGAUAAAAGCCUUAAUAUGUGACCAGGGAGCAUCAAAUGUGAGCUUGUCGAGGCAGCUGGGAGUAUCUGUGGCAAAACCAUUUUUCACUGUUGAUGGAAACCGCAUCUUUUUCAUUUUCGAUGUACCACAUCUUGUGAAAACUACGCGGAACAACCUGCAGAUGCACAAACUUCAUAUUGGACAGGAGGUUGUAGACUGGGCACACAUUACCAAGUUGUAUCAUUCAACCCAUGAGCUAAGGCUUCGAUUGGCACCAAAAUUAACGGAAAGACAUAUCUAUCAGAAACCAUUCAGCAAUAUGAAAGUGAAGCGGGCGACCCAGGUUCUUAGUGCAUCCGUUUCCAUUGCAAUUACUGCACUUGUGUACGUUAAAGAACUGCCAGAAUCUGCGCUGGCCACGGCCAAUUUUUGUGACAGGAUGGACAUGCUGUUUGAUGCUUUGAACAGUUCGAGUCCAAAAAAGAAUGCUCAGAAGAUGAGGUAUGCAAUUAUUAAAGGGCAGUCUGAAGUGCUCGACUUCCUUGAGGCAGCUGCUCCAUGGGUUGCUACUUGGAACUUUGAAGGCAGGCGGCAGCCACAUACGAUCACAGGGUGGCAGGUCACUAUUAGAGCAAUCCUGAUGCUCUGGGAAGAGCUCUCGAAUAAGUACAACUUCAGAUUCCUCCUCACCAGGCGGCUACAACAGGACCCUUUAGAAAACAUGUUUGGAAGCAUUCGACAAAGGCAAGGAUGCAACAUGAACCCCACUGUUCCCCAUUUUAUAAGUGGUCUAAAGCACAUUAUGAUCCAAAGAAUUAUGAAACUUUCAGAUAAAGGAAACGUUGAGGAGGACAGACGUGUACUUCUUCAAGAGCUCUCGCCAUUUUCAUUCCACAAGCCAUCGCUUGCAGAUCAUGUUCAGCCACCUUGCUCGGAUGACUUCCCUCCACUUGAGGAUAUAAGUCUGCUUGCUUCACUGAACCAGUCGCAUGCUGUCGAUGAUGCAGCAUCUUACUACGUCGCAGGGUUUCUUAUUAAGAAGUUUCUUGAAAAGUGCCCUGAGAAUUGCCAUUGUUCGGCAUUUCUGAAGGAUGAUGAAAAUGAUUUGAGGCAGGAACACCAGUAUUUUAUGAUGCUGAAAGCUUAUCAUGUACCUGGCAAGUUGUUUGGAAAUUUGACUGUUCCGUCUGCCAGAGCGUUUGAAAUGUUCCAGGAAUUGGAAUCUGCCUUUCUUUCCAUUGUUGAAAGUGUGGUUCAUUGCCAUGGCAUCUGCUCUAUCUUGUCUGCUAAACUGUCAUCCUCAAAUUUCCACCUUUGUUCACUGGAUUGCCAUGCUAGGUUUCUGAAGAUGUACUGUCGAAUACGCUUGUGUUGGCAUGUCAGAUUUGUUAACCGCAACUUGGACAAAGUUCGCUUUCAGUCCUCAGUUUCUGGCUUGCAGCUUGACAAGUUUAAGUCUUAAACCAAAGGAUGUGGGUUUUAUGUGAUAUAAGUGUGAGGCUUAGAAAACC